CAUCCAGACAGGAUCAAAUCCACUGCUCUCAAUCAUUCAUCGCUUGCGCAUGAGUGAGGCAUAUUAAAUCUUUAACUCUUGUUCCUUCCUGGAAAUGGCUCCCCGGGACGUGCCCGGACUGAAGUAUUUAUCCAAUGCAUUGGCGACCCCCGAACAAUUGACCAGCUCCUCUUCAGCUCUUGAUGGAGUCCCCUCUGACCUGGAAUCCUCGAUCCGCUUUGCUGGAACCCAGCUGACACAAGCUGCUGGUAUUCUGCUGCAAUUGUCUCAGGAUAUCAUAGCUCAAGCGAUUGUCACGUUCACGCGGUUCUGGCUGGGCCCUGAGGGUGGAAGUCUCCGAAUCUACUCGGCCAAGGAUGUUUCCGCCGCUGCUCUUUAUAUGACUGCCAAGAUCUCCUUCCAACCAACCUCUCCAAGGUCCAUUCUCAAUGUCUACACAUUCCUCCUUUCCCGAGAGGCCUCCCCUCUUUGGUUUGUGAACCCAAAAGGCUCCCCCGAAAAGCCAGUGCCCGAAACAUACCACCUGACCGAAGGGGGCUACCAAGCUCAACGUCAAGUUCUCCUCCAGAUCGAGUCGGCCAUUUUACGCACAUUAGGAUUUAAUACUCAUGUCGCUUUACCUCACACCAUCACAUUGACGUACCUCCAGACCCUGGGGGUCUCCUCGCCAGCCGUUGCGCGACGAGCUUUCGAGCAUCUCAACUCAUGCCUCCUGUCGCCACAGUUACUCUACCUCACCCACCAACCCAAUGCGCUAGCCGUUGCUUCCAUCUACUUGGCGUCCCGGGAGAAAGGGGUGAAGCUUGUAGACGGGGAGUGGUGGGAGGUCUUCGAUGUGGAUCGAGAAGAUCUUGGGUUUUUGGUGGUAGGAAUGCAGAGCAUGGAGGGGUUUGCGCGGGCGGAAAUUGAGAAGUGGAAAGGGCGUGCUCUUCCUCUGGUUUUUGAUGAAGUCGAGGCGGAGAUAGAACGAAGGAGAAUGCUGGAAGCUGGGGAGUGAAUCCUUGAGACGACAAUUUCUUCUCCACCGCUCACCACCUUGCGAGAGGAAGGCCGCAGCUCUUCCAUGAAUCCCGCCGAUUGCAGGGUAUGCGAGUCUUAAUCUCGACAUAACCCUGGAUCAGGCCCCAGAAACAAGGCUAUCACCAUGAUGAAUGCGAUCCUGACCAGACCAUGUUCUAGUGUGGGAUCUCAUACCCAUAGCGGGUAAUCAACAAGGCUACAUACAAGUCGAUGGAAGUGAGAGCACCCGGCCGCGGCAAAUCAGACAGUGCUGCUUCCCUCUAGCAGUCACCAGUAGUUAGAAAUAUAAAUUAUACCUAUUGAUACGCUCAAUUCAAUCU